UUUCCGGGUAAACGGCGUUAAGCUGUUACUCUGAAUUUCCGCUUCCAGCCGUACAGCUUCGUUCUGGUGUCCAGUGUCCACCACUCCACCUGCCUUCGAGUCUCGACUGAACCCUAAACCAUUUUGAGGAGUCGGGACAGUAUCUUUUCUGGUUUUUUAUACGCUGUUUUAAAAUAAAUAAAUUUUUUGAAUUCAAGAACUUGAUUGAGGCAAGCUGGGGUUUAGGGUUUUAGUUCUCUUUUAUAAUGUACUUGAAAGGAGGGCGUUCCUUAUUGUUGAAAGUCCACAAGCCUCCUAUCCCCUUUGUGCUAAAUACAAACCCAAUUCUCAAUCCCCAUCAACCCCUAGAUGAACAGAAACAGUCCCUUCUCAGAGAAAGCGAUGUCCUAAACAGAUUGAGACGCGAGUGCGACAUUGUUUUGGCCUUGAAUUACUUCAGGUCCAUUGCCAAUUCAGGGACAUUCAAGCACACCCCAUUAACGUACCAAACCAUGAUUGAGAAACUCGAUCGGGAAGAGAACCAAACUGAUGCCGUGCAAUAUUUAUUGCACCAAAUGAAGUUGGACGGAAUUGGUUGCUCCGAGGAGUUGUUUGUGAGCGUUAUAAAGGCUUAUCGGCGAGCCGGGUUGGCAGAGCAAGCCUUGAAGACGUUUUAUAGGAUAAGGGAAUUUGGGUGUGAGCCAACGGUGAAGAUUUACAAUCAUUUAUUGGAUUCUUUGCUUGGUGAGAAUAGGUUUCAGAUGAUUAAUCCGAUAUAUAGUAAUAUGAAGAGAGAUGGGAUGGAGCCAAAUGUGUUUACGUAUAACAUUCUUUUGAAGGCGUUGUGUAAGAAUGAUAGGGUCGAUGGUGCACGCAAGUUGCUUGAGGAAAUGUCGAAGAAAGGGUGCUCUCCGGAUGCAGUGAGCUAUACAACUAUAGUGUCAACAUUGUGCAGGGUUGGUAAGCUGGAGGAAGCGAGGGAGCUCGUAGUGAUGUUUGAACCCUGUGUGUCGGUUUAUAAUGCAUUGAUAAAUGGGUUUUGCAGAGAAUACAAGUUUGAAGAGGGGUUCAAGUUGUUAGUUGAGAUGAUGGAUAAAGUGGUUGAUCCUAAUGUCAUCACAUACUCAGCGAUAAUCAGUUCUCUUUGUGAUGUGGGGAAUGUUGGAUUGGGUCUUGCAGUGUUUGCCCAGAUGUUUAGGAGAGGAUGUAAACCCAAUAUAUAUACGUUUACUUCAUUGAUAAAGGGGUAUCUCUUGGGAAGGAGACAAUGUGAAGCACUUGAAAUGUGGAGCCGAAUGAUUCGAGAGGGAUUUGUGCCCAAUGUUGUUGCGCACAACACUCUAAUACACGGUCUCUGCUCCUGUGGAAAUAUGGGUAAAGCCGUAUCUAUUUGUAAUGAGAUGGAGAGAAAUGGCUGUUCUCCAAAUGUGACUACAUAUAGCACUCUCAUUGACGGCUUUGCAAAAGCUGGGAACUUUAUUGGUGCAUCUGAGACAUGGAACAAGAUGAUAACGCAUGGUUGUCAACCAAAUGUUGUGGCAUAUACCUGCAUGGUGGAUGUCCUUUGUAGGAAUUAUAUGUUUAACCAAGCUCAUUAUCUUAUAGAGAAUAUGACUACUGAAGCUUGUCCUCCAAAUACGGUUACAUUCAACGCUUUUAUCAAAGGGUUAUGUGGCAAUGGAAGACUGGACUGGGCUCUAAACAUGCUUGAUCAGAUGGAGAGAUAUGGGUGUUUUCCCAACAUCACAACAUAUAAUGAAUUAUUGAAUGGUCUCUUUAAGGCAAAAAGAUUCAGAGAGGCUUUUGGACUUUAUAGGGAGAUAAAAGAAAAGGAGAUUGAGCCGAAUUUGGUGACUUGUAAUACCAUUUUGCAUGGAUUUUGCAGUGCUGGUAUGCCUCAGGAGACGUUGCAGCUUCUUGGAAAAAUGCUGGUUGGAGGAAUAAAGCCUGAUACCAUCACAUAUAACACAAUAAUUUAUGCUUACUGUAAGGAGGGAAAGGUUAAAUCUGCCAUCCAACUUUUGGACAGGAAUAGUGUUGCAGAAGAGUGGCAGCCUGACGUAAUAGGGUACACUACUCUUAUUUGGGGGAUCUCUAAUUGGAUAGGUAAUGAAGAAGCCAAUUUUUAUCUUCACAGGAUGAUCAAUGAAGGUAUCUACCCCAACUUCACUACCUGGAACGUGUUAGUCCGUUGUUUCUUCAGCAACUUAGGUCAUAUGGGGCCGAUUCACAUUUUAGAUGAUAUCGUGAGUAACAGAUAAUGCACAGAUUUGGAUUUUUUUCCAGACAGAUUAGUACAAAACAUCGCUCAAAUACUACAGAUGCUCAAAAUGACUGAAUAUUUGGAUUAGUGCCGAGCUCUUGUUGGGGAUAAUGUUAGAUGCAUGCUACCACCAUACAUUGGAUUACUAGAUGAGGCACAGAGGAGAACCGCACUCACUUUCCAUGUGCGAUUUUAAUAAUGUCAAAAAUGUAAAGCACUAAUCCUCUAGAGACUAGAAAUCUCCUUAUUCUUUCUCCCCUCUCCCUUUGGGUUGAAUUGAAUUUGAAAGACAAGAGAGUGUUAGGGGCAUUUGCACCCACAUUCAAAUCUGAAAGGAAAUGUGAGAAUCUGGACUGACAGUUCCUUCUUUACCGAUUAGUCACAUGCUUUUGACAUGAUAAUGAGAUUGGCAACAACAUUUCUUUUGCCCCAUGGGGAAAAGUAAUCUUUGUAGUCAAGCCGAUUACUUGAUGAGGAUCCAUAAAGCCGAUGUCAAUUGAAUUGGAGCCUCCGGAUUGCUGUUCUAUCGCUCAAAAUCCCUCGGUUGUUUGAUCAAAACUAUUUGAAAGUUUUGACAUUGACUUAUGGGAAAGUUGAAGCUCAGUAUGCCGACAGGUGUUGGAACUCUUAAAUUUGUUAUCAAGGCCGAAAUCCAAAGCGCCGUACAAGAAG